AUGCCUGCGGCGCUGAGGGAGGCGGAGGCGGCCGAGAAGGCGCUCGAGGUCAAGGGGCGGCGCGAGCAGCGCGAGCGGGAGGAGGCGGCGGCGGCGCGAGAGCGCAAGCAGGCGGCACGACAGCGCGAAGCAGAGCGAGCGGCGUACGAGGCGCGCCGGGCGGCGGACGCUGCGGCGCUGGAGGAGCAGAGGCGAGCCAUUGCGGCGGAGGCGGAGGCGAAGCUGGCCGCUGAGCGAGCGGCAGCGGAGGAGAUGCUGCGGGCGAGGGAGGCGGAGAGGCUUGCGGCGGAGGAGGCGCAGCGAGAGGAGCAGCGGGCGGCCGCGGCGGCGCGCAAAGCCGCUCAGGCAGAGGCGGCGCGGCGCGAGAAGGAGGCUGCAGACAGGAGGGCGGAGGAAGAGAAGGCGAGGCGGCGCGCAAAGGCGGCGGAGGCAACGGCGGCCAAGAUGGAGGCCAAGGCGAAGAACAAUAAGGCCAAGAAGGCGCCGUCUGCCUGCACGCUCGAGGAGGAGCGGAGGGCGCGGGCUGCGGCAGAGCUUCGCGCGCAGGAGGAGAGGGCGGCGCAGCUGGCUGCUGAGCAGGAAUCGACGAGGCGAGCGGAGCGCGAGGCGGCAGAGCUAGCGGGUGCGGCGGAGCGGGCGGCGCUGCGCGAGGAUGCGGAGCUGGCAGAGGCGCUGCGCCGGUCAGAGGCGGAUGCGGAGGAGGCGCUGGCGCGUCGGGUGUCGCGGUGCGAGGAGGCGGUGAGCAGUGAGUCGACCGGCGGCGGCGGGGACUUGCAGCGGCGUGUCGAGCGGCUGGAGGCGAGCCUCGGCACGGCGACCGAGGGCAGCCUCGAGGAGCGGGUCGGCGCCAUCGAGCGCUUGAUCGGGCCAGAGGCGGGAGAGGUGGCGGAGCAGCCUCUGUCAGCCACCGAGCCGCUUGCUGCCGUCUCGCUAGCGGACGCCGGCCUCGACACGGGGCGGCCAGCUGCCCCAGAGUCCACGAUGGGGGGAGAGACCACGUGCAUCGUGUGUUUCGCGAGAGUCAAGUCGCAUGCUGCGGUUCCGUGCGGGCACCUGUGUGCUUGCGGGCCGUGCUCUGAGCUGAUGCGAGAGUGCCCUUACUGCCGCGAGCCAGUGAUGAUGUGUCCGCGUCCGGUCUAG